UGUUGUUCCAUAAGUGGGAUGGAGAGGGGUGUGCUGAUUGGCUGAAACGCACCAGGAGGUGUGCCGCUCGGCUGUGAGGUGGGGUAAAGAUGUCCACCGAUCGCGAUGGAAAGAAGCUUGUGCGUUCUCCCAGCGGGCUUCGUAUGGUUCCGGAAAACCGAGCGCAUUGCAGCCCUUUCUGCUUGGAGGAACCACAGUGGGUGCCGGACAAAGAGUGCCCUCGGUGUAUGCACUGUGAUGCAAAGUUUGACUUCAUAACCAGGAAGCAUCACUGCCGCAGGUGUGGGAAAUGCUUUUGUGAUAAAUGCUGCAGUAAGAAAGUGCCUCUGCCCCGCAUGUGCUUUGUGGACCCCGUACGUCAGUGCGGAGAAUGUUCUGUCAUUUCUCAAAAGGAGAUGGAAUUCUAUGACCGGCAACUGAAAGUUCUGAUGAAUGGAGCUACAUUUUCCAUCACUCAUGGAUGCUCUGAAAAAUCUGAGACCGUGGUGUGUCGACUAUCCAACAAUCACAGAUAUUUGUUCCUUGAUGGGGAAACCCAUUAUGAAAUAGAAGUUUCUCGGAUUUUGACUGUCCAGAUACUCACAGAAGGGUUUACUCCUGGAGAUAAAGAUAUUCAUACUUACACCAGCCUGUUGGAGAGCCAGUGCAUUACUGAAGGAGGAAAUAGCCGUGCAAUAGGAAUGCUGAUCCAGUAUAAGAAACAAGGUUGUGAUGACUUAAAACAAAUGAAGUUUACUACAAGUGAAGAUAUCAAUUGCAACAAGAAGAUGUCUGCAUCAUGGCUGGCAGCAAUGCACAAGGCAGCAAAGCUCCUUUAUGAAUCUCGAGAGCAGUAACGGAUGAACUUUGUCAGAAGGAUGACGGCAACAACUUGGAUGGGUACCAAGCAUUAGAAUGGUGGCAGAUUGGGGCUGCACUACAGAUCCUUUGCUGGAAGCAAAAUAGAGUCCAACCAGUGUUCUCUCUAAGCUGCUCGCUCAUAUUUUGAGACAUAAUUGUGAACUGUGCACACCAAAUUUUUUUUUUUUUUUUUUUUAUAGUGCACACAGUUUUAAAAAGUGUACACAAAAGAAAUCAUUUGCUCACACAACUAAGAAGAAAUUAGUGAAUGUUGAUUCCAGUCUCCCAAAACAUAAGCAGAAGCACAUUUGCUGUAUUGUUUAUAGUGCCGUAUAUCAGUCACAUGCAUAAAAUGGUUAAAAACCUGUGUCUGUUAGAAACUGCAUUUGCCCCCUCCCAACUCAGUUCAUGUGUUAUUUUAACCCCCUGCAUGGCCAGUUUCUCAAAGGGCCAGUAAUGGCACAAACUAAAAUACCCUUUAUAGGGAGUUAAACAUUCACUUAGUCUGCAAUUCUGCUACAUUAGGCUUUGGAACACAAACAAGCUCAAGCUUUUAACCAUUUUAUACAUGCACUUCAAGGCCAAGCUAGCCUGUUGCAUACUGCACAGUACUUUGAAGCAAUAAAGUGGUCAAGCAGCGGUGCUUCUGAGUGUGCUCUAGGCAAGUGGAGGCUGUCCAUCUUCCAGCAAAAGAUCUGUGUAGAUAGAUAAUGAGAGCAGAAUGUGGCUAGGAUAUACUAGAUCUUGUUUGCAGAUAAUAUGUUAAGAGCUAAAUAUAAAGCCAAGCUGCAGUUUGAGCCUUUUAUAACCCUAAUUAUUUACCCUAAUUGUGCAAUAUAUGUAUACAUGACUUUUUACUGAUGCUUCAGAUUUAGUCUCACAAGCAAGGCUGUAUAUUUUGUUAUUCUCUGUUCCCAGUGUAGCCCCGGGGUGCUGUUAGGCCUCGUGUCUAAAGAGAUAGACACUAGAUAAGCCUGGGUACAUGAUCUCACUAAUUUCCUGUGCAAAAAUGAAUUGUUUUAUACUAUAGAUCUCAGGUUCAGUUUUCCCACUAGUAAGAGCACUCGGUUUAAAGCACUAAAAGUAUUAUUGUGAAUAAUAUAUAUAUAUAUUCUUUUUCCACACUAUUAAUGCUAAUCCCUCCUUUGUAUUGACACAGAAAUGGCAAGUUUCUAAUUGUUCCUCCAAAUGAUGACCAAUCCCAGCUCCCCUAGCUGUCAGAGCUUGCUGGGAAUUAUAGUUUAUAAACAGCUGGAGAGUUAGAGGUUGGCCUUGCACUUACCUUUCUCUGUGAGUUCAGCACCACGUCACUGUGAAAUAAAGCUGCUGGUUCUCUUUCCUUUAAAUAAUACCAUGCACAAUCAUGCAUCUUUAUUGAGUGAGGCCAGUCUAACUUAUAUUGUCCAUACCCUGCCCUCGCAGUGGCACGUGCACAUAUAGGCAGCAAAAGACUAUCAUUUGCUACUAGAGCUGUAUGGCCAGGAUAGUAAAAUCAGCAGCUGUUAAACUCUGGAGCUAUCAGCGUGCUGAAGCCCCUGGCUGGCUGACUGCCGGUUUUAUUUUCUUGUUCUACAGCAAUGGAAGUGCCUUGAACCUAUCCUGCAAGUGCUAACAGAUUGCCCAUCAGUGCCAGCAUGCUGAUGGCUGAUUUGUUUUGUGCCAAUAAAAAAAACAACCUGGUUCCUGAUUUGAGGGUAGCAAUUGAAAUAGUGCAACUUGGUUGGAUGUACAAGACCUAUUUAAAUGGCCCAGCCUAUCUGUGGAUUCAUGUAAAAUAGAUUUCAUGUGGACUGUGGACUUUGAUAGUGAGGCCUCUCUUACUAAGCAUCCUGCUUGGGGAGUUUGCCUGAGCUUUUGUACAGUUUCAUGUUUACCUAAUAAAAACACCGUACUGAAUA